GGCGCACAGACGGCGCAGGCGGCACGGCAUCAGCGCGAUGGAGGCGAGCGGCGUUUGACGUGAGCCGAGGAGCAGGAAAAUACCGAAAAUACUCCGACGACAAUGGCGGACGAAGAGCUACCAGCGGGUUGGGAGAAACGCCUCAGCAGAUCGACCGGUCAACACUAUUAUUUAAAUAUAUAUACUAAGGAAAGUCAAUGGGAUAGGCCCGACAAGCCUGCGGAUCCUUCUGGCAAUGGCAAGGCAGAUGGUCCGGAGGAGGUACAGUGCUCGCAUCUGCUCGUCAAACAUUCGGGCUCGCGGCGACCUUCGUCCUGGCGAGAGGAGAAUAUCACUAGGUCAAAGGAAGAAGCUCUCGACCUAGUUAAAUCUUAUAGAGAACAAAUCGCAUCCGGCAAGGCAACAUUCGCCGAACUCGCUUCCAAGUACAGCGACUGCAGCUCGGCGAAACGCGGCGGAGAUCUCGGACCCUUCGGCCGAGGUGCAAUGCAGAAGCCUUUCGAGCAAGCUGCAUUUGCGUUGAAGAUUGGCGAACUGUCUUCGCCGGUGCAUACGGAUAGUGGAAUUCACAUCAUUCAGCGGACUGCAUAAGGCAGCUCAACUCGAAACUAAUUGCCGAAACUUCGCGAGAAGUCUCUCUCUCUCUCUCUCUUGUCAUUUUUCUCUCUUCGUCCUUUAAUCUUACCGAUUGUAAAGUCAGGACACUGGGUGUUCCACGAAUGUUUUGUGCUGGUUGCCACGAUCCAUUUAUUUUUAGAACAGGAUUUCGGUUUGACAAUUGAAUUGAAGGCAUUUCUUUAGGCUUGCACCUAUCUUUAGCUUUUGCGUUGACAUAACUCCAUGCUUUGCGAUAAGAUAAUAGGAAAUUAACGAUGCAAUCGAGUCGCGUGGCGUCGUUAACAUUUUCCACACGCUCCUCGAUGGAUCCAGAUAUCGUUAUCUUACCGCAAGGCGUAACAGUUGCAUAAUAAUGUUAAAUGUGUCUUCCGAUCCGAUGCGUGUGUGGAAAUGGAAAUGUCGGUUAUGCAACAUUAUUGCUCAAUAACCUUGUCAUUGAGCGGAAUAUUUUUAGCAGAACGAUGUGUGUGUUAUGAUUGUAAUACUAAUUGGCUAAUUUUCCUUAUCAUAUUUAUAGCGAAAUCAGAUCUUGUCAUGAUUUCUAACUUAUCUGUGCUGAAUUAUGCGCCGAAGAUGAAUUUAACAUUUGUUUGAAUUGACGUGUAAAAUUUAUCGCAUUACGUUGAGAAAAAUCGCAGCUUAUAAGCUAAACGUAGUUUUUAUGGAAAGUUUUAAACGCAUUGACAAACGAUACUUUGAUUCCAAUAGUUAAACCUUGGAACUUUGAAAUAAUGAGUCUGAUUUCUACCUUACUUUUUAGUAGCUUCUUAUUCCUUUCAUAUUUAUGAUGUGAUAUUCCAGGGUUCCAAGGCAUUUUCCUUUAGAGAAUUGCAUUUGGAGAAUCGCAGCUCUACAUGCAACAUCUAACGAGAAGAUCAUUGAUGGCUAAAAAUAUGUACGAUUCAGGAUGAAUUGCAUACUUUUGAAGACAUUUCGAGCGUCCGCAAUCGGAGCGUCACGCGAAUGUAUCGUCGGCAACACUGGUAAAUACUGUGAAAUAAAAAGAUCCGCUCUUUCAAAUCAGGAAUCUGUGUGAGCAUGAGGCUAACGAAUUAAAUAAUAAAUUGAAUGCUUUCAUCCACAAACACGUUUCCUGGACAAAAACUUUGUAGAAAAUACAGAUUGUUUGGAGAUGAUUGCGUUUGGAAAUAGAUAAUUUGUGCGUAAUUUGUACAAUGUUGUGUUAUGAAAGAAUAUUCGUAAUACGUCAGACUGGCACGAAAUGUAAGUUGAAAUGGUCUUAGCUAAUCAGUUUUAGCUACGUUACACAAGUCAUAAAUUAAUGUAUUAUGUGUGAAUUUACUAUACUUACCAUUAAAGUUCCACGAGGUGAUUUAUGUUUAAGUAAAUGUAUGUGGUAAAGGGCGUAACGUAUACAUAUGUUCGACUUUUACUCGAGAUUUCAAUUGCAACGUUGAAAUUGCUCGCAAUUUUACACGGUAGCUAGACUUGAACCAACUAUUUUAUCUCUAUCACCUUUUCCUCUUUACUAGUGAUUUUCAAACGGACGGAUAAUUAGAGCGUUGAGUUGUACAUAGGACGAAUAUAAAUCGCAAGAAAAUA